ACACAGACAGUUGAGAGACCAGCUAAUAAUAGACAGUGAAAGACAAACUUCUUUUGCUACUCACAACUUUUAUUUUGGUCAUAAUCCCAUACCACACAAAAACACCAAACAUCCAGUUGGAAGUAGGUGCACUUAUUAAGCAUCCAGUGAUCCAACGGUCAUGUUGUCCACCUUAUCACCUUCCCUUAUCCACUUCUUCCUCCUCGUCGUCGGUGCCGCCAUCCUAACCGAUCCGGCAACCGCCACAGACCACAUUGUUGGUGCCAACAAGGGAUGGAACCCUGGAAUCAACUACACUCAUUGGGCUAACAACCAAACUUUCUAUGUUGGUGAUUUCAUAUCAUUUAGGUACAAGAAAUUCGAAUACAAUGUAUUUGAAGUGAACAAAACAGGAUAUGACAAUUGCACUAUAGAAGGAGCAUCAGGAAACUGGAGCAAUGGGAAGGACUUUGUUCUAUUAAAAAAGCCAGGGAGAUACUACUUCAUUUGUGGCACUGGUGGUUGUUCCAAUGGAAUGAAGGUUUCUAUUGUUGUUCACUCGCUUCCGUCGCCGCCUUCUGCCUCUAUCUCGGCCACAAAACACUCUGAAUCUACUAAACAUGCAAACUCCGCUGCUGCAGAAGUUACUGCAGGGAGGUUGUCAUUGAUGGUGGUUUGCAGGGCUUUGUUAGUAGGCUUAGUGUCUUCAAUUGUGAUGGGAUAACUUGUCUAAAUUGUGUUCAUUUUGGAGUUGAUGUUUGAAUGUGAUUUUGGUGAGAUAACUUCUAUAAGGUAAUGAGAGCAAAAUCAAGGUUUUUGUUAGUGAAUGAAUUUAUGUUUGUAAUGGUAUUUGAUUACUAGUAUUGAUUGUUUGAUUGAGUUGUUGCUUGUUAAAAGAUGGAACUUGUAAGAGUUUUUAUGGUUAUAUAAGUAAGUAAAACUUUGGAUCCACCCAAAUCAUUGUUGCUUUGGGUACUUUUUUUAUUAAGAAAGAUGUGACAUUGUUGAAUCUCA